UCUCUCUCUCUCUCUCUCUCUCUCUCUACCUUUCAUCGCAGCAUCUCCGACCAUCCAAAUCGGCGACGACGAAUUGAAGAAACAAUAGACCGACUGUGUGAUAAGGAUCGACAAAUCGAUGACAUUUGGUACCAAUGGCCAUCUCAAUCGUCGGAUCUCAAAUCCUAAAAUCGUCAUCGGAGUAGAAUCGAUCAUCGGAGUGUGAUAUGAUGCGAAGAAGAACCACAUCACUGUGUGUAUCUCGUUGCAAUUUUGUGUUUUGUUGCCGGUAUUAGCGGGAGUGACGGCGACGCUGAUCCGAUUUACAUGUAAGAUUUGAGUUUCUUUCACAGCUGAUUUACGUUUCUGAAAAGUUAAUUCAUGAGAACGUGCGGUGUUGGAUAAUCCGGCGUCGUUUCUCACGCCUUUCCAGUUUGAAAUCUCGUACGAGUGUGUUUCGCCUCUCAAAGAAGGAUUUUUCAUUUGAUUCUCAACUUACAUUAUAUGGCAUAUGAACAAUAUAGAAGACAUAUCGACUACAACUUUCCUGGAAUGGGAAGUGGUCCAGUUGUUAAGCAGGAUCAUUAUCUGGAGGAACUGCUGUUCUUUUUUACUUAUCCACUUGAUUUAGUUAGAACCAAAUUGGCUUACCAGGUUAUGGAUACUCCCAAAUUGAACAUGAAAGAAGCCAUGAGUAGCGAACAUGCAUACAGAGGAAUUAGGGAUUGCUUUUCAAGAGCUUAUAGAGAUGCUGGGAUUAGAGGGCUCUAUCGUGGUGUUGGUAUGAAUUUUGUUUUUCAGGAGCAUCUUAUGUUGUUAAUUCCUUAUACCGAAGGACCAAACAAGAAGCCAUAUAUGGCUAUAAUCAAGAUUUGAAAGAAAUUGUGGUGAAUAUUGAAGAGGUGGAAAAUGAUAAAUUGAAGAAAAUAUGGAAAUAAUGACACGAAGACAUGAAAAUGCUUUGAAAUUUUGUAG